AUGAAUAAUAUUUUUUCAACAUCUACAUCUGAAACUAGUCCAGAUACAGACAGCCAACCGCUCGAUCAUCAAUCUUUACAACCGUUAGCUUCUGAACCCGCAUCAAUAGUGGAAACAAUUAAUUCAAUUUCAUCAGAGCCUGUAUCGACAUCAAUAGAUUUAGUAGAGCAAGUGAAUAUUGAUGGAAAUGUUCAAGCUCAUAUAGAUGUUAAAUAUGAAGCCCAUGACGUUGCAUUAACAUCUGCUAAAUCUGUAAAUGAUCAUCAACAAAAUAAUGGUUUUAAAGCUUGUGAACAUCAUAAAAUAGAUUUAACUGAUAGUGAUCAACAUUCAGAAAAAUCCAAACCAUCGUGUGUCAUGUUAAACAAAUUAAAAUGUUUUUUGGCUUUUAUAGUUUUUAUAUUAUUGUUUUGCAGUAUUAUAUGCAUUAUUUUCUAUCUUAAAACAUACGAUAGAAAGAACAAUCAAUCAAAACUAAACUACGUAUAUCGAUUGGAUGAUGGUUCAAUUUCAUCAGAAAUCUUAAGCAAUGAACCCUAUUUUUAUUUGAAACAUCCUGCUAAAGAUGGUAUCAUAGUUGUAUUGUCUCGUCGUGGGGCAUUAGUUAAUGAUAUAUUAAUUCCAUAUAAAGAUGAAACUGAUUUGAAGCAAAACCGAUCAAUAGUUGUUAAGGCUGAUAAUGAAAAUUAUUUUAGUUCUGUAAUUACUAGUUCUAAUGAUCCCAAUAAUACUAUGAAUAUAACAAAUCAGUUACCUUCCAAUCAUCCAUUCUUAAACAUGUACAAAGAAGACUGGUCAAUGUAUGCUUAUGCAGAUAAUCCAAUGCGUGUUCGUUUUGUUUAUAAUGCAGCACAAAUAAUUUACGAACUUUCAUCGAAUAAUCCAAAUGAAUUCACCAUGAAAACAAUAGUUUCACCACCAUUAAACCAACAGAUUGUUGCUGAUUUAACAAAUAAUAUCUAUUUUAAUUUACGUGGUUAUGGAAAUUUGAGUGCACAUUAUUUAAAUUUAAGUUCAUCAAAGCCAAUAGAAUUCUUCAGUGGCAAAACAGUUGAACUAGAUCAAUUAAAUAAACCACAGCAAGUUGAUAAAUUAGUAAAUAUGAAUAAAUAUUUUUAUACAUUUGAACGUGUUGGUAUCGGAAAAAAUUAUAUGGCGAUGCUAUUUAACAAUGAAACUGGAAUAACAAUGCGUGUAUUUUCUGAUCAUACGGGUGUUAUUAUUGAUCCAUACGGUAUUAAAUCACCCAAUCUGAAUGAAAAUCGUACAACAUCAAUGCUUGAUAUGCGUGGCAUUCGAAUAAGUCCAAGGCAAUCACCUUUUUAUCACCCAGUGAUACAUUAUGGUUAUGGUCCAACUUUAGUUGUACAUCCAUCCGAAGCCAUUCAUACUACAUGGUGGCAAUUCGAUUAUAAGAAUUAG